AUGGAGUUAGAGGAUAUGAUUAAGAGUGAGGGUUAUGUAAAUAUAAAGUGCUUGUGGUAUUGGAAUCCUGCAUAUAACUUUUCUCGUGGUCUUAGACCCUUGAACAAUGAUCAGGAUGUACUGAAAUUUUCAAAAGAUGUUGUAGGCUAUGAUGUAAUAGAUGUUGAAAAUGUUAAUGAGGAAGUCACUAUUGAUCUUGAUGUUGUUGCGGAAGAAGUCACUACUAAUCCUAAUGGUGUUGCUGAAGUAGUCAAUACUGAUCCUAAUGUUGUUGCUGAAGAAGUCACUACUGAUCCUAAUGGUGUUGCUGAAGAAGUUACUACCGAUCCUAAUAUUGUUGCUGAAGAAUUUACUAUUGAUCCUAAUGAUGAUGUCACUAUUGAUCCUAAUAUUGUUGCUGAAGAAUUUACUAUUGAUAUUAAUGAGGAUUAUAUUGCAAGUGAGGAUAGUUUUAAGGAUAGUGAAUUUCAAUUUAGUGAAGAGUUUGAGGAGAGUGAGAUGGACUGGACUAAGGUACUUCCCCAAGAGACUUUAGGUGAGGUUUCUAGCUACCAAAACAAGAAAGAUCGGGCUGGGAUGGUUCAUGAUGAGAGUGAGGAUUCAGACCGUUUAUAUACACCUCCAAGGAGUGAUUAUGAGGAUGAGAGAAUGAAGUACCCUACCUAUAAGUCUGGUCAGGGAAUGAAGUUUCAGCUAGGGAUGGUGUUUACUAACAAAGAAAUGAUAAGGGAUGUUGUCAAGGACUAUGCCAUGGAAAAUCAGAAGAAUGUAUUCAUUAAGAAGAAUGAUUCCAAAAGGAUUAUGGUUAAAUUCACUGAUGGUUGUAAGUUCUACAUGAGAUUUAGGAAGAGGAUUGGCAGCCAGUUUUGGCAAGUUAUGACUUUAAUUGAAGAUCAUACAUGUCAUAGGACUGCUGACAACAAGAGUGCAAAGACAAAGUGGUUUGCCAACAAGUUUGCAAGCAUACUUAGACAUAGUCCUCAUAUGAAACCAUCAGGCCUCAAAGUGGAAGUUGUUGAGAGAUGGGGAGUGAAACUAUCACAUGAUCAGGCAUACAUGGCAAAGAGGAAAGCAAUGAAGUUAGUUCAAGGGGUUGGUAUUGAGCAACUCACUCAUUUGAGAAGUUAUGGACAAGAGUUAUUGAAAUUAAAUCCUAAUAGUAUUGUUGUAAUACAAUGUGCUGGUAGUAAUGUCAACCAUGUGUUUGAAAGAAUUUAUGUCUGUUUAGAGGCUUGCAAGGCAGGAUGUGCAAAGACAUGCAUGCCUUUAUUGGGUUGGAUGCAUGUUUCUUAA